AUGUUAACAACUUCAUAUAAUUCAAUUCAUUCAAGUAAUUAUAAUAAUAUUUCACCUUUUAUAAUGAAUCAAAAUUUAAAACACCAUUCAUCAUCAAAUCAAAAUUAUCAAUCAUCAUCAAAUUCUUCAUUUUCACAAUAUGUAUUAAAUCAAAAUUUUUCAAGAAAUUCUGAAAUUCAAAAUAGUCCAUAUUCUUCACCAACUGGUAAUAACAACAGUAAUUUACCACAUUCUUCAAUUACAUUACCUUCAAUUCAUUCAUUAAAUAUUCCAUCAUUUCCUCAUAUUGAAGAAUCUAGUAAUAAUAAUAUCAAUUUAUCACAACGUCAAAAUUCUUCAAAUAGUGGUAGUAUAAGUGAUAGAUCAUCAUCUAUUCAUUCACCACCAUUAUUAAUUCCAAAGUCUUCAUCAUUUUCUGAUGAACCAAUUUUAGAUUUAAAUCAUCAUACUCAUCAUCCUCAACCUUAUAAUUAUACUCAUACUACUACCAAUACAAUAAAUAAUAAUAAUCAUAAUCAAAUUAUUAACAAUACAAUUAAAUAUCCAACUUCACCAAUAAUAAAAUCACCAAAUUCUCAACAAUCAAAUAAUUUUAUUAUAUCUACUUACAAAUCAAACUCAUCAUCACCAUCAUUUAAUUUGGAUUAUAAUCAACAACAAAAGCAAAAUGAUAUGUUAUCAUAUAAUCAAGUAACUUCACAACAACAACAACAACAACAACAACAACAACCAAGUACUCCUACUUCAUCAUUUGACGAAACAUCAAACCAAAUAAAAGAAGAAUCACCAUCAAAUUCAUCCAAAAAAAAUUGGAAACCACGUAAAAAAAGACAAUGUCCAGAAUGUAAAUUAUAUUUUUCAAAUUUAGCAACUCAUAAAUCAACUCAUUUAAAACCAACUAAUAGACCUCAUAUUUGUGAUUAUUGUCAAAGAGGUUUUGCAAGACCAAAUGAUUUAUUCCGUCAUGUUAAAUGUCAUUGGAAAGAAAUUGGUUCAGAUAAAGGUCAAUUUAAAUGUCCUUUUAAAAGUUUAAAUAAUAACAGUAAUUCGAAUGAAUCUACAACUACUACCCAAAUUUUACCAGAUCAUUGUUGUCAUAAUACUGGAAUUUUUUCAAGAUGUGAUACUUUUAAAAAUCAUUUAAAAGCAAUACAUUUUCAAUAUCCAAAUGGUACAAAAAAAGAUCAAAGAAAUAAAGUUUCAGGUAAAUGUAGAAUGUGUUUACAAAAUUUUCAACAUGUUGAUGAUUGGAUUCAUAAUCAUAUUGAAACUAAUAGUUGUCCAAAUGCUAUAAAUAUGAUUAAAAAAGUUUAG